AUGAUGCUGGGGGAGGUGGUGUCCAGCAUCUACAGCAAGACGCUCAUUCCACGCCAAGUCUGUACUCGUCACGCCAACGCACGCGGCUUCGCCCCAACGACACGCUAUAUUCAAGCCGACAUGUUCAAGUCUAUGGCAUCACCUGUUGAGGGCUUUGACGCGCCAUCCAAGCCAAGCGACCGAGCCAGCGUCCUCUACCGCAUGGCGAUGUUCAUCGGCUCGUGCGACAAGGCAUAG